AUUAAUCAUUAUAUAUCCUCAUUGCUAGUCAUCAACCACCCACUACCCACCAAUACUCCCCCUUAUUAAUCCCCCCCUCCCUCAUUUUUCAUCUCCCUACUCUUUCCUUCCCACAAUCUCUCUCAAUUUUCAUCACCAUGGGUUUCGAUAAUGUUUGCAACACGGGUCUUGUUCUUGGGCUGGGCCUCUCGUCGGAAACCACUGCUCCGGCGAGGCCCACUCCUAAGAUGGCGGUGAGUAUGGGCUCUGAGCCUGACCUGACUCUGGGUCUUAUUUCCGGCGCUCCUUAUAAGGUGGUUGAUAGUGGCGGCGCGGAUAGCGGCGGCUCUUCUUUCUCGAGUGUGAAGAGGGAGAGAGAGAUUGGGAGCUUUGAAGAAGUGGAGACGACUGUCGUGGAUCAUAAGGCCAGAGGGGUUAGUGAUGAAGAUGAUGAUGGUGGUAAUGGAAGGAAGAAGCUGAGGCUCACGAAAGCCCAGUCGGCUCUUCUUGAGGAGAGCUUUAAGCAUCUCAGCACUCUCAAUCCACAGAAACAAAAGCAAGAAUUAGCAAGGGAGCUCAAGCUCAGGCCUCGACAGGUUGAAGUCUGGUUUCAGAACAGAAGAGCCAGGACGAAGCUGAAGCAAACAGAGGUGGACUGUGAGUACUUGAAGAAAUGCUGCGAGACAUUAACAGACGAAAACAGGAGACUCCAGAAGGAGCUGCAAGAACUGAAAGCACUGAAAGUAUCACAGCCUUUGUACAUGCAACUGCCGGCGGCGACUCUAACCAUGUGUCCGUCGUGCGAAAGAGUCGGAGGCGGCGCCGGAGGCACCACCGACACAUCUUCAAAGAGCCCACGCGCGUGUCCCUUUGGUUCAAAGCCUCACUUCUAUAACCCUUUCACUAGCUCAUCCGCCGCGUGUUAACUAUAUUAAAUUUUAUGAUCCGCUUCUUAACUAGAUAUAAAUACGUGUAUGAUUAUGUGCAGAUUACUGGUCAUAUGAUGCCCACAAUCCCCUGUCUUUUUUAGUGUAGGGGAUUGGAGGAGGAAAGUAUAUAGAUAAUAGUUUGUAGAAAUUAUAAAUAUCAGCUUUUGUUUUUUUAUCCCUUUGUAAUCCGGCUUUCGAUAUAUAUCGUUGAUAUAGAAAUGUAUUUAAAUUUUCUCUUA